UGAGAGACCUCUUGUGGUAUAAAAUAAGACGACUUUUGUCGCCAUUUAUUAGUUGUUAUCAUAUAUUGAAUGAAUUGAUUGAUUUGUCACACAAUUUACCGAUUCAUACAACGCGACCAUUGAUUGACCGAUAGUGACCACAACAUGUCGGCCACCGAACAGAUGAGAGCGAUGUUGGAUCAGCUGAUGGGCACUUCAAGAGAAGGAGGUGAGGCUAAACAUCGCUAUCACUUCACUGACCAUCGCGUUUGCAAAAGUUUCCUUUUGGACUGUUGUCCGCACGACAUAUUGGCCUCAACGCGCAUGGAUUUGGGUGAGUGUCCCCGAUAUCAUGACCUGGCCUUGAGAGCCGACUACGAGAAAGCGUUCAAACUUAAGGACUACGGAUAUGAAGUGGAUGCUUUUCAGCACUUGGAGUCAUUUGUGGCCGAAGCCGACAAAAAGACUGAAGCGGCGAAAAAGAGAUUGGCUGAGACUCAGGAGGAAUUGAGUACUGAAGUCGGAGCUAAAUUAAAUAAAGUUCAUGAUUUAGCCGAACAAAUUGGUAAGAAAUUGGCGGCUGCAGAGAAAGCAGGUGCAGAUGGAAAUGUGGAGGAAUCGCUCAAAUUGAUGGAAGAAGUGGAAAAAAUUAAGAGAGAAAAGAGUUUGGCUGAAAUUGAAUACAGAAAUUCAAUGCCGGCAUCCAGUUAUCAACAACAAAAACUUAGGGUAUGUGAGGUCUGUUCAGCUUAUCUGGGAAUUCAUGACAAUGACAGACGUUUGGCCGAUCAUUUCGGUGGAAAAUUGCAUUUGGGUUUUAUUACAAUUCGCGAAAGACUUGAGGAAUUGAGACAAAUUGUAAGUGAAAGGAAAAAUCGCGAACCAGUUGAGGACAGAAACGAUGAUUACGAUAACAGAUACGGUGAACGUUACAAUCGGAACCGCGAUAGAGAUAGAGAGAGAGAUAGGGAAAGAGAUAGAGGAGAUAGAGAUAGAGGAGACAGGGAUAGGGAUAAUAGAGAGAGGGAUCGUUAUGAUGAUAGACGUCGUAGAAGAAGUCGCUCACGAUCCCGAGAGCGCACUCAAAAUAGUCAUCGAAGACGUCGUUCAAGAUCUCGAUCUCCGGGCCAUCACUCGCGCGACCGACGAUCGAGAUCGCGAUCGCGUGAUAGAAAUGAUCGACGGGAGAGAAACAGAGACAUCUUGACAUCGACUGAGCGGUAAAAACGAUUCAUUAAUUAGUGAUUAAUUGAUUUAUAUCUUAAAUGCAACGAGUUUUGCAAUUUGUUCUACAAUUCAUUUUG